UCCGAUUUAAAAGAAGUCACAACGAGUCUUUGCCUUCUCAGACCCCCCUAUGCGAAACGUCUUCCCUUUGAGCCUUAGCCUCUCUUCGUCUUCGUCUCCCUCCAUUUCGCGCUUUCGCCCAGAAACCUCUUGAACUCUCCUCCUUCCCCUCCAUCUCCUCUAUCCGCCGCCAAACCGUAGAUUCGCCGCGCCCGCAUUCGCUGAAAACACCAUAGGAAACAAUCAAUUUGGGAAGAGGAAGCGGAGGACGGAUAUGGCGCCGAGUCUCGCAUUGUCGACGGCAGAGAAACUCAGGAAGGACGGCAACACUUACUUCAAGAAAGAUCGAUUCGCGGCCGCCAUCGAUGCCUAUACUGAGGCAAUCACUCUGUGCCCUAAUGUUCCUGUUUAUUGGACGAAUCGCGCUCUCUGCCAUCGGAAGCGUAAGUAUUGAUUGGACAAAAGUCGAAGAGGAUUCUCGGAAAGCUAUUCAGCUUGAUCACAAUUCAGUUAAGGGUAACUAUAUGCUGGGGCUUGCUUUACUGCAGAAGCAAGAGUAUGCUGAGGGAGUUAAGGCACUCGAGAGGGCUUUGGAUCUUGGGAGGGGUGCUAAUCCGAAAGGUUAUAUGGUAGAGGAAAUCUGGCAGGAGCUUUCAAAAGCAAAGUACAUGGAGUGGGAGGAUACAUCGAGCAAACGAUCAUGGGAAUUGCAAAACUUGAAAGCAGACUGCGAGACUGCUCUUAAAGAGAAACAUGACGCUCUUCAAGUUGAAGGGUUUUUGGAUGAAGCUGCUACUACCCAUAUGAAACAGUUAGAGGCGUUAGGAAGAGUGUUUGAGAAGGCUGCAGAAGCUGACACGCCAAGUGAGGUGCCGGAUUACCUGUGUUGCAAAAUCACGCUUGAUAUAUUUCGUGAUCCUGUGAUUACUCCAAGUGGGGUUACAUAUGAGAGAUCAGUGAUCCAUCACCAUCUUGAGAAGGUUGGCAGGUUCGAUCCAAUCACACGAGAGCUGCUUGAUCAAUCAGAGCUAAUACCAAACUUUGCCAUAAAAGAAGCAGUUCAAGCAUAUUUACAACAGCAUGGUUGGGCCUACGGAACAUAGUGAAGGUUGAAGUUAUUGGAAACUUAGAGAGUCGAUAGUUGUUCUAAAACAUACAAUGUACCAAAUGCGGCAGAGUGCAGUGUCCUCUUGUGUUUUUGAUGUAUGGUGUGACCUAGAAUCAUACUGAAGGUCUAUCCUUUUUGAAAUUGUACGUAGAUUACAAUAUAAACCAGUUCUCCACUUGCUGCUGGUGUAGAUUCAUGUUUACUUAAAAUUGUCGUCGUUUGUGAAUUCGGUUUAUCUCUCGGACCUCAAAACGGGUUUUUCUACUACGCAUCAAUGUAUACGUUCAAAUCA